UCUUUAACUUUCAGGUAACGUUGGCGUACGUCAAUUGUUUACCAAUAAGUGAGGAUCAAACUGUUGACGCAAGAUCCGACGUGGAGGCGUCUGCUUCAGGGGAAGAAGAAAUAGAUAACACUAGCGAUGGUUACGAAGGCACUGAAACAGGCAUCGAAGAAAAUGGUACUCAUAUGCUGUAUUUAAUGUACGCCUACAAGAAUGAUAUAGCGCUACUAAUGAAGUUUAUAGAGGAUGGAUUUAACCUCAGAGGCGGAAUGGACAAGAUAGCCAGCGGGAUUGAUGCCAAAAAACAGGGAUACAGCGAUAUAUUCUAUAGGGGAAUGUUUAAGCCUGGGUUGGAGAAGACUAUACUGGGGGACGAGAUGGUGGUGAGGGGCAUGCGGCAGGGAGGUAAGGCGCUGUUCAACCUGGCGGUGGACAACGUGUAUGCGGUUGCGCUCAAUGAACUCCGUGACAGUGGGAUGGACGGACAAUUUUUAUUAGAUAUGUAUUAA